UAUAACCGCGCAUGCGCAAAGCCAUGUGUUUUUUUUUUCUUUUUUAAGCCAAUUUCUCGUCAUGGUUGUGUCCUAGCAAACAUGUAAGCUUUCCUGCCCAUUGGAGCUAUUUUUCCGAACAGCGACAGCAUGCAUCACGAAAAGAAAAUAAGCAUGGAAGACACCUGGUCUGCUGCCGAGCUGAAAAGACUGCUUUCCAGGAGGAAAGAACCGGAGCAUGACAGAAAGCAUCACCGCGGUGGGGAUUCUACGGAGAGACGUCCUAGGGACUCCCGAGGAGAAAGAGACCACAGAGACCAUCACGGAGAGAGGCGGGACUUUCACGCAGAGGAGAGAAGGGGUGACCGGGACAGGAGGUCAGAACGAGAUAGGCGAGAGGACACGGGCAGGCGUGCACACGACUCCAGAGAGGACAGAGACAAGCGUGAUAAAGGGAGGCCAAGGGAGGGACAAGAGAAAGAGGAAGACAGACUUAGGAGAAAGGAGGAUACGGAAAGACGGAGGGAGGAACGAGAUAAGGAAAGACGACGAGAGGAACGGGAUAAAGAAAGACGGCGAGAAGAAUGGGAGAGAAGGAGACACGAAGAGAGGAGGGAUGACCAAGACAGACGUGAGAGGCAUGAGGACAGGAAGCAUUCAAGGGAUGAAAGAGAAUACCGAAAACAAAAAGAAGAGCGAGAAAGAAGACACAAAGAAAGAGAAUAUCAUGAUGAGAGGCUGAGGCGAGAGCGAGAAGAGGGAAGUGAGCAAGAGAGAAUCGAGAGAGAAAGACGGAAAGAAAGGCGACGCAGAGAGGAUGCAGAGAGACAUCACAGCAGCUCCAAGGAAUCCAAGCCGAGUCACAGCCAUGAAGCUAAGACAAAAAAAAAUGAGGAGAACGUCAUGCGUUCAGAGAACGUGGCAGCUAAAGAUGCCGGAGACAAGGAAGACCCAGUAGCCAAGGGUGAGCUUUCACACGAGUACGAGGAGGACUUUGAGGACUACGAAGAGGAUUUUGAGGAACUGGACGAGGAUGAUAAGGAUGCCGAGGAAGAGCCCAGCAAUCUGGAGCUGGGGGAGGAGGUUAAAGCCAUCCAAAAAGCCAUGGGUGAAGAAAAUGAACGAGUCCGUGCCUCUUUUAAUACUCUUAGCACAGAAGAAGAAGAAGGGGAGGAAAAGCCUGCGUCAUCCAGAGUGAAUACAUCCGACGAAAAGGACAGUCGAUGCUCCCAGCGAGGAAAGUUUAUCGACUUUGUGGCGGCGAAGCAGCGGGAAGUCAGCAAGAAACUGGCCAUGAAACAAAAGAAGCGCAGUGCAGAGCUACUUCGCUUAAUUGAUCUGGAUUUCUCCACUACAAUUUCCCUUCUGGAUCUUCCUCCCAUCAGCGAAUAUGACAUGUACAUUCGGAACUUCGGAGCUGCAAAUACAAAGCAGGCUUAUGUGCAGUGUAACGAGGAUAAUGCAGAUCGAGACGUCCAGACUGAGGAGGUGGACUCGAGUGACAAGUGGACACAGCAUCCCGCAGAGCACGGCGGCGCCUGUGGCGAUCCAAACCGGUCACAUGAAAUUCGAAACAUGAGCGGAAUGAACUUUGAUUCAAGGCGUUUGGCCAUCUUCCUGCGUACCGCCUCCCAGGUGAUGGCAGUGCUUCUGGAGGAGGAUCACGCCGAGCGGAGUUCCUUCCAGGGCCAGACGACACAAACAGAUGGUCUGUCGUUUAGUGACGGAAGUGUGCAACUCAACACCGACUUGCCUUUUCUCCGCGGUCGCACCAUCAGCCAGGUGCUUUUCUCCCAAGCGCAUAGACACAUGCUCCUGUCUGUCCACAAGCCCCCAACUUCACCCAUUGAUAUCGUGCAGCAUCACGACUGCACCACCAUCUGCGUGUGGAACAUGUGGGAGCCAUCCAGACCCCAGAAGAUCCUGCUCUGUGAAUCAGAGGUGCAGUGCUGCUGUUUCAGCCCGGGAAAGGCCACCCUGGUGUUUGCCGGCACGUCUGUCGGCUCCGUGGCGCUGUGGGACCUCCUCGAGCCCGCUGGAAACCACGAACGCCUGAAGUUGGGCGACGGCGAAUGGACCUUCAGACGGCCUACAUUCUCUACCGAUGCAGUGCCCUCUGCCCAUUUCUCGGCAGUGACGUCCGUGGAGGUGGUUCCAACCAAUACGACUGGGAUGCCGGGGUCAGAGGUGGCAUUUUUAGCAUCCGAGGAAGAGUUGUUGGGGUUGUCCUUCCAGCUGGCCUCGCAGGACGACAGCGGGCGUUUGAAUCUUUGGGUGGUAGUGCAACUGCCAAAAGCCAAUGAGGCGGGCUCCCAGACAGAUCUCGGUCUGAGGCCAGGUGGCAAAGUGAAGCUGCUCCACAGUUCUGCCUGCGUGACAGCUGAGGGGGUGUCGCUGUCGCAUGCGGACAAAACCGGACCGCCGCAGUCACUUCAUUUAAAAUUUCUCUCCACUGACCCCAGUCAUUUCUUCGUCGGCACUAAUUUGGGUUUAGUCAGUCACGGCACCACUCAGGGAUUGAAGGCCCUGCCCAAGUGCUACACUUCGCAGGAGUUGGCCACCCGACUUGUAGAUGUCACCGCCAUCAACUUUUCUCCUUUCAGGCCUCAAUUGUUUUUGGUGGGCUGCAGUGACGGGAGCCUGCGCUUACACGAGGUCAGCCAUGGCAAACCGGCGUACGAGUGGAUGGACGGCACUGCCGGCGAGGCGGUGGUCUCGCUGCAGUGGAGCCAAACCAGGCCGGCGGUGUUCUGCGUGUUGGAUGCCUCCUCCCGCCUUCAUAUUUGGGACCUGCUGAAGAGCGAUACGGCGCCUGUGGUCACAGAGCAACUGGAUGCAGACAGGCUGACGGCCAUGGCUGCGUUUGGAGAUCCAGGACAACAAAACACCUACUCAGGAAUUGCGACAGCACACCAGUCGGGUAAAAUAGAAAUGCACUAUUUCGCAAAGGAGUUUACCAUCCAAAGUCGUGAGGAAGAAGAAACAUUCGAUGGGAAGAUUGUAGAAUCUUUUUGAAACCCUUGAAGCACCUUUUAUGGUUAUUUAGGACUCGGGAUGACCUCUACAGAUUGUGUACAUUUCGUCACUCGUGUAUUUUUAUAGUGUAUAUUUGCAUAUGUAAAUAUAAACGUUUACGCUUGUCGAUCAAUA